CUCCCGAACGUCCGCUAUGAAUGUAUAUGUAGAGGAGAAAUAGUGGCGGCUCUUUCAUUAUACACCUUACUUACCUUCAGUGCGAUCCUCAUCGGCUCCAACAGAAAAUGACAGAUACGGAAGGCGCCACUACAGGUAAUUCUGUACCACCGACACCAAAGAAAAGUAAAGGUAGAGCCAGAAAAUCAAAAAAUGCACAGAAUCAUCCUAAGAUAUCGGAGAUGGUUAUAGAAGCCAUUACGGAGCUGAAAGAGCGUAAUGGAUCCUCUCUACAAGCAAUUAAAAAAUACGUCGGAGCGAAUUUUAAAGUGGACGUCGAGAAACUCGCACCGUUUAUUAAGAAAUAUUUGAAAACUGCAGUAGUUAAUGGUGUCCUGAUGCAGACAAAAGGUCACGGAGCUACCGGUUCUUUUAAAUUGAGCGUAUCCUUGAUAUCUCAAGAUAAACCAAAAAGUCGGGAGGAACCCAAGAAGAAGAGUAAGAACGUUGUGGCUGCUAGCAAAAGGGGUGCCAAACCGAAAAAAAUUGUUAAGAAAACGAAAGUAAAAGUGGAGAAGAAAGUCAAAAGUGCCAAAACUCCUAAGAAACCGAAAGCGAAACCCGUUUCUAAAUCCAAAAAGAGUAAGGAAUCCAAGAAGAAGAAAUCCAAAAAGUGAGAUUUAUUUAAAUUUUCUCACAUUUGUGUAAUAUAAUGGUGAGUUAUAUUGUGAUGAUUUUUAAUAAUUAAAAAAAAAAAAAACAUUAUUUAAGUUUUAACUCGUAAAAGUUUUUUAAACUUAAUUCUGUGCGUUUAUACUGUCAAACAGUAGAAAAUAAUGUAAAUACAUGUAAAUAUAUUAAUAUGUAAAAUGUGAUAACGUGUAAAUAUAUCUUUAGUGAAGCUAAAGUAACUUUUAGAUAAAUUUUAUAUAGAGACUUCUAUAUAAAAUUUAUCUAAAUGUAACAUCUACUGUUUAGUGAUUCAUAUUUAAUGUUUAAUUUGCAUUUUAAAUGUUUUGUAUGUAAAAAAAACUUCAUUGAUUUGUAUUCAAAUUAGUAAAAAAUGUUGUCGAGAAUGUUUUCUAAGAAUAAUGUGACAAAUAAGGGUCCACCACGUGUCAAAAUAUAGAAAUUUGUACUCGAAAUCUAUUAGUCAUUAAAAUAAUGAUAAUAAACGAUUUUAUAAAUAAUUAUUAAAGUUUUUGAGUAAAUCAAUUGUGUGACGUUUUAGGAAAAAUGCUGUCAAAUAAAAUUCAAUAAUAAUUUUACAGAAAAUUCAGCAAAUGGCUUUUUUUUUGUAAACUGUAAAAAUGCUCCGAAAAGCAAUGUC